AUGGAAUUCCAAUCAAAAACCUCAGCGGCCACCGCCGGCGGAAACCUCCGCCGACCCUUGGAAGAAGAAUCCCAAUUCACUAUCCCAAACAUCAAACUCCAGACCGUACCCCACCUCUCGGACUACAUCCCGGGCCUCCGGGCCAACCCGAACCCGCUCGACAGCAACCCGUUCUUCCACCCGGCGUCCGGCUUCUACGUUGGCCCCUCAGACGUCAUCCUCCGACACAUCCUCCACGACCUCUCCGGCGGGCCGGGGACCACCCACCUGGCGUACCACCGGGCCGGGCCAAGGAAGAUGGUCUUGUUCGGGCCGGGCAGCGUCAGGGCUGCCCUAGUGACGUGCGGGGGCCUCUGCCCCGGGAUGAAUACGGUGAUCCGGGAGCUGGUGGUGGGGCUGUGGGAAUUGUACGGCGUGCGGGAGAUAUUUGGUAUCCGGGCCGGGUACAGAGGGUUCUACUCUCACGAGCCCGUCCAGCUGAACCCGAAGAUGGUCCACGGGUGGCACAAGAUGGGUGGGACUGCCCUCGAGACCUCCAGGGGCGGGUUUGACCUCCACAAGAUUGUUGACUCCAUUCAAGAUCGCGGCUUCAACCAGGUAUACAUAAUUGGUGGUGACGGCACCAUGCGCGGCAUGCUCGAGAUCUUCAACGAGAUCAGGCGCCGCAACCUCCAAAUUUCAGUAGCAGGGAUCCCCAAAACAGUAGACAACGACGUGGGCAUCAUCGACCGCUCGUUCGGGUUCCAGACUGCCGUCGAGAUGGCCCAGCAAGCAAUCUCCGCGGCCCACACGGAGGCCGAGAGCGCCGUCAAUGGCGUGGGCCUCGUCAAGCUGAUGGGCCGCAGCACGGGCCACAUCGCCCUCCACGCCACCCUCAGCAGCCGGGACGUGGACUGCUGCCUCAUCCCUGAAAACGACUUCUUCUUGGAAGGCAAAGGCGGCCUCUUCAAAUUUCUCGAGGGCCGGCUGAAAGAAAACGGGCACGCGGUCGUGGUCGUGGCCGAGGGUGCAGGCCAGGACGUGAUGCUGAAAUCCGGCGAACAAUCGCAUGUGGAGGAGAGGGAUGAGUCGGGUAACCCGGUUUUCAUGGAUGUGGGCGGGUGGUUGAGGUCGGAGCUCAAGAGGUGGUGGGGUGGGGCCCACCCAGGAGAGCUCUUCACGGUGAAGUAUAUCGAUCCAACGUAUAUGGUGCGUGCGGUCCCAGCGAACGCAACUGAUAAUUUGUACUGCACGCUCGUGGCACACUCGGCCAUCCACGGGGCGAUGGGUGGGUAUACGGGCUUUGUUUGCGGGCUGGUGAAUGGGAACUAUGCGUAUAUUCCGGUGGAGGAGGUGGCUCGGGCGAAGAACGUGGUCGACACAAGGGAUCAUAAGUGGGCCUGGGUUAGGUCUAUUACUAAUCAGCCUGAUUUUGGGAAGAGUUAA